AUGAGUGAAUAAAUUUUAGAGUAAGUAUUGGAACAAAGAUUAGGAUUUGGAAAGCAUUAUUGGAGAUAGUUCUUCAUAAUAAGUUUCAUAGACUUCCUAGAUGGUGCUGAGUUUCUUUAUUUAGCAUUACUAAUUCCUGCAAUAAAAUAGGAAUGGAAUUUAUCAAUAAUGGAACUUUCAAUAUUUGGAUCAUCUUUUACCUUAGGGUUAACGAUAGGUUCGAUCAUUUGUGGUUUCUUAGCAGAUAGAAUGGGCAGGAAGACUAUAUUAAUAAUAGGAACAGUUUUUCAAGUAUUUUAUUUAUUCGUUUUUCUUACAGUGUUUACCAAUAACAUAAUUGAAAUGAUCCUGCUUAGACUUAUAUAUGGGACUGUAAUAGGCAUGAAUCUUCCGAUUAGUUCAAUAUUGAUGAUUGAAGUUACUCCAAAGCUUCAUAGAGGAAAAAUUAUAGUGGCUCUCUAAGUACUUAUAUUGUUGGGACGUGGUUGGAUAAUGAUAUUAGGAUAUAUUUUUAUGGAAAGUAUUUCAAAGGGUAAUUGGAGAGCCAUCUCUUUAUGUAAUAGCGUUCCGUGUUUGCUAUGUAUAAUUGGAACAAUUUUUUGGAUUUAAGAAUCCCCAAGAUUUUUGAUUUUAAAUGAAGAAAUUCAAAAAGGAAUUGAUAAUCUAAAUUAGAUUGGAUAAUUUAACAAUUCAGAAUAUCAGAUGUUGACUGAAGACGAAAUUUAAAGUUUAAAAGAGUGGGCAUAAUUGCAAAAAUAGCACCAUUAGUAAAAAGAAAAUAAUUCUAUUAAAUAAUUGUUUAAUUAAGAUAAUUUGGCAAUUACAUGGAUGAACUAUUCAAUAAAUUUCUUGUUUAUGUUUGCAAUGAUGGCUAUCUUUAACAUUUUACCAUUUAUUUUGGAUGAUGAAAACAAGACAUUGUUACAUUUGUACAUUUUGGAUAUAGGUGAGAUUCCAGCUAUAUUUGUAAUGUUAUAUAGUAUCGAUAAAUUUGGUAGAUUAUCAACUUUGUUAUUUUCUACAUCAGUACUCACUUUAAUUCUAUUUUCUACAUGGCAUUGGAAAUUGUAUAUAAUCAUUACAGGACUUGCCAUCUUUAAAUUCUGUUGCAAGAUAAAUUGUGGAACAUUGAAUGUCUUAUUUGCUGAAUCCUAUCACACUCUAUAUCGUUCCUUAGGACUUGGGACGACAAAUGCAAUGGGAGGAAUAGCAGGAUCUCUGGCACCAUUUGUAGUCUUCCCAAUCUAUUUCUAUAAUUAUUAUUUACCAUUCUUAAUUUGUGGUGUGUUUAGUUUAUUCACACUAAUUUUAUUAAUAUUUUAUCCUAUUGAUUUAACCAAAAAGCCCUUAGAUUAGCUAAAACAAAAAUGA